CCCCGCCGCCGCCGCUGCCGCCGCCGCUGCUGCCGCCGCCGCCGCCGCCGCCGCCGCCAGUCAGUCCGCGUUCGGUUCUUCAGCACCCGAUUCCCCCGGACCCAUCGCCGCUUCUAGACUUUGCUGCGGGCUCGGAUCUUGCCGGGAUUGCCCGCCGUGUGACAACGUUCCGGUCGUUAGUUGCCGAAGGAGUUGCUACCCAGAUCAUAUUCGAUGAAUACACAUGACAGAAGCCGAAAAUGUCUGAUGAAUUUUCGUUGGCAGAUGCACUACCUGAACACUCCCCUGCCAAAACGUCUGCUGUGAGCAAUACAAAACCUGGCCAACCUCCUCAAGGCUGGCCAAGUUCCAACCCUUGGAAUAACCCAAGUGCUCCACCUUCUGUGCCAUCUGGACUCCCACCAAGUGCAACACCCUCCACUGUGCCUUUUGGACCAGCACCAACAGGAAUGUAUCCCUCUGUGCCUCCCACCGGACCACCUCCAGGACCCCCAGCACCCUUUCCUCCUUCUGGACCAUCAUGUCCCCCACCUGGUGGUCCUUAUCCAGCCCCAACCGUGCCAGGCCCUGGCCCCACGGGGCCAUAUCCUACACCAAAUAUGCCCUUUCCAGAGCUUCCAAGACCAUAUGGUGCACCCACAGAUCCAGCUGCUGCUGGUCCUUUAGGUCCAUGGGGAUCCAUGUCUUCUGGACCUUGGGCGCCUGGAAUGGGAGGGCAGUAUCCUACCCCUAAUAUGCCAUAUCCAUCUCCAGGGCCAUAUCCUGCACCCCCUCCCCAAGCACCAGGGGCAGCGCCACCUGUUCCAUGGGGCACUGUUCCACCAGGAGCCUGGGGACCACCAGCACCAUAUCCUGCCCCUGCAGGAUCAUAUCCCACACCAGGACUCUAUCCCACUCCCAACAAUCCUUUUCAAGUGCCUUCAGGACCUUCUGGUGCUCCACCGAUGCCUGGUGGCCCCCAUGUGAGUGUUAAAUUUGUUAUUUAAAAUGCACUAAUAGUCACAUGAGCACAACUGAAAGAUUAUUUGCCUCCAGUUUUAGAUAGAAGAUUAGAAAGCAUUUAAAACUUUUUAAAAGAGGGUGGUAUGUGUAUAUAGAAGAGUACAUUUCAAGCUUUAGAUAAACCAUUUAGAAGGGUGACAUUAGUUAUUCCUGGUUCUAAAAAUAGAAAAAUUUCCCAGAGAUCCCCAAAGACUUUGAAAUGUAGUAAGCAAUGUCUUCAAUAACAUCUUUGAGGUAAACUCAGUUGCAGUUCAUCGGACUUAACUUUCUUUUAACAUCACAUUUUAUAACAUCACAUCAAAGCACAGUUCAGUAAAAACAGUCUCUGCCUGCGUGAUCUACCAAGGUAGAUUUUUAGAAAAUCUAGGACAGUGAAUAUGUAUGUAGCCUUGCCUGUCCUUUCUAUAAUUCUCCGUAGUGUUUCUCAGCCAAAGUUUUGUUAGAUCCUCAGCACCAUUGAGCUCCAGGUUAUACGACUAUUCUGCAUUGUCAUGCAGAAAGCAUGCCAUGUGAUGCUUUACUGUCAGCCAAGCCAGAGUGAUAGGGUUGACAUUUUAGUUGGAGAACCUGUUGGGGGCAUUUGACCAAAUAGAAAAGCAUCCCACUUCCCCCCAGAAGUAAGUCAAGUGAGUCUUCAAAUAGUCAUGUUUCUCCUUCAAGGAAAAAAUGACUUAACAAAGUAAUCAGAUCUCCGACUAGAUUAAUCAGAUGUCUACCUUAACUGUAAAGGAAAAAGAAUCUUAAUAAAAUGCCCCCUAAACUUACUUUCAUUAGUAUAACUUCUUGCUAUACAUAUUUUAUUUAAAUUUUUUGCAAAUUGUAUGCCAAAAUAAAUGGGAUGACUUGGUGUUUGGAUUUGUUAAGUAAUAAGUUUAUUUUAAACCACAGCAAGGAGUUAAUAAACUCCACUUAGAAAAACUGGAGGUUUACUUUUUCUUUUUUCUAUUGCAGUCUUACCAUUAAGUUAAUGGACGAAGAGAGGACGCUUUGCUUUUUGAAGUACAUAUAUAUGCACAUGAAUGCAUAUAUAAAAAUUGCUGGUUUCACUAUUCUUAGAGGGCAUUCAUGAAAGAACAACUCUUGCACCUCUCAGAGAAGAUAUCUGCCUCUUGUACUUGGAUGUAUAGUACAUCUGAUGGAUACAAUCAGAUAAAAAUGUAAAAGUAAAUCAUUCAAAUGUGAUUUUUAUUCGGUUUUUAUUGAACGUUAACGUGAUGAAGUAUAUUGAUAGCUCUUUGAUAUAAUUUGUUUAAAAAAGUUUUCGAUUUGUUUAAAUUAUGAAACCACACACUUAAAAACCUAAAAUGUGGGUUAUUGUUAGAAUCUGCAACCUCAUUGGCAAAUUAGUUCAAGUAUUUUUCUAUAAUCACUUUUUCCCCUAAAUAAACACACUUUGAAAACAAUCACAUUGUCAUAAUUUAAACAAAUGAUGCCUCUCAACAUCUUGAACUGCUCUGUCUAUAGGAUAAAUAAACCUGGUCCUCUUGAAGUUGUAGUUUGGAUAUAUAUUUUAAAGCUGUUGGUAAUUAUUGUCAGAUGUUGAGCUCAUUAGCCAGGCAGUGUUCAUUUUUAUCCUUGAGCUUUUAGUAAAAACUUUUUUUGAUUUUGAGUUUUACCUGAUUUGCUUUUAUUUUUAGCCAGAUGGUCACACAGCUCUAAAAUCUGCCAUUUAUGAAAACUUUUUUCUUUUUAAUGCAGGCCAACAUGUGUGUAAAUUAUUAGAGAAUUGGUCAUCUCUGUAUUGCUUUGGAAUAGAUUUUGAGGUGUCUGUAUUGCUUUGGGAAGAACUCAAAGAAGGAAAUAAUUCUCUCCUUUGUCUUGAACGUCAAACCAGAGGAAACCCUGGAAAUUGCUUCAUAGUGACAAGUAACUUGCAUUCCCCACAAAAUCCUCUUCUGCCCAGAUCCUUCCGUGUAGAUCCCUCUCCUUCAGUUCUUUAGAAGGAGCACAUCCCUUAGUUUCUCCCUGAUAUGGAAAACUGGCACACUGUAGGGGUUGUUGUAAACACAUAUAGCAGUUAUGUUUCAAGAACUGUAGUCAUUUAGGCACGACUCUUCUCUAUACAAGUGCGAUCAAAAUGUGUAUGUCUUCAGAGUCUGAUUAAGCUGUGUCAUUGUCUUUUGCAUAGUUUCCUACAUCUGUUGUAAAGUGCUAUGGCUAACAGUUCAGUUCUGUUUGUUGACAGGUAAAUAGGUAGAAUUCGAGUGCCAUCCUUAAAAAUUACCCUCUAGCUCUAACACUGAAAAUAAUAAUAAGGUGUAGAUCUCUGCAAUUGCGUUGAAGGCAGUGUGACUGUUGCUUAAAUUAGUGUUGUUUGUAUCCACCAAAAUAGCCUGAGUAGCUUCUUGGCACCUUACCUUUAAAUCAGACUCUUAGAUUCUUAGAACUGACUAUGUUAUUUGUUAAUAACAUUUUGAAACUUUGAAUGUAUCCAUUGGGUUACUAAAAUAAGUUGUGAAUUUCUUGACUAGUAUAGGAGAGACUUAUGCUAGAGCUCUUGUUUUUGCUUAGAGAAAUAUUUAGUAGUUUGUUUCUCUUAUAGUUAAAAUGUCAGGAAUGCCAAAUGCUGCCAAUUUAAUGGUUUGAUAGCUACCUCUUUUUAAGAAUGCAAGAUGGUCAUCUUUGAGAAGAACAUUCAGUGUUUAAGCUCCCUUUUAAGUAGAUGAUAGAGUCAAGCUUUCAGAAUUGAAACUGAUUUGUUUAGAUACUUUGAGACUGGGGAAUGUUGUUAGACAGCUCUUACUUAGUGGCACAAGCGGUCUUUUUUUCUUUUGCUUCCUUGCAAGGACAAGCCCCAACGAUCUAUGACACUCUUGGAAUCUUUUGUCAGAGUAGCCUCCCAUUUACAAAGUAGUAAGUAGCCUUAGAAGGUAUUUUAGCUUAAAUUAUCAGGCAAUUUCAGCUAACUGGAGGGAUAAGAGGAAAAGUGAGAUAACAAAGAUAUCUUUGUGGUUAUUUUGGUUGUGUUACAUUGGGACAAGUUCACAACUCUGGCUUUAGAUACAAUAUUUAAUGUGACACUAGAGAAUAGUGUUUGAUUAAGAGAAAUAGCACGUUUGGGAAUCUAAUUGUGGAGUCCAUUUAUGAGAUGAGAAAAUCUGCUGAAGAAUUUGAAGGACCAUGUAUCUGAGAUUUGGUAUUACUACUCCCAAUAAGUAUAUAAACUUAACUAGUGACCCAUACUGCCCAGUGUACCCUUUUCUUUGCUUUUCAAGGACUUUCCAAAUGAUAGUUGUGAGGUUUUUUGCUUUUUGUUUUUUUAUAUAUAUAAGAAUGGAAAUCAAAGGGACUAGAAUUUGCUUUUAUAUUCCAUUUAGUUUCUUAGAGCAUUAUUUCUCAACUUGCAGGGGAAGUCUCGAUUCUUGUGAGUACUCCGGGACAAAAUGUCUUUAGGUUCAGGGUAAAGUUAAAAGCAGAAGUUUUCUGGUGGAGUAAUGGGGGAAAGCAUGGGGGAAGGUUUGUCCGUUUACAAGGGAAUUGUGUUGCUUUUGAAACCAGUCCUAUUAGGCUGGCAUCAGUUUAGGGAAGAGCUUGUUUCCUAGAAAGUUUGGUCUUAGAAGAGAAGACCGUAUAGAAUAUGCUGAUACUUGGACUCUCUCAGAACAAGAACUUAAAGACAAAUUUGGUGGAGAGAAUUGAGAUGUAUUUGAGGAUUAGUGUUUCUGGAGUUGGAGUCUUAGGUUUUGACAUGUUAAACCAAAAAAUGACAAGGAAAAAUGAAAAUAAAGACUUUACAUCCUCAUCACACACGCAGUUCUCAAGAAUCAAGGCUCCUUAAAGGAGUGCUUGAAAUCCCUUGGCUUGUCUAUGCUGGACUCGGCCUGAUGCCUUUUCAUGCUUUUGAACAAAAGAUGGCUGUUUAUAGCUCGAACUCCACAGCCCUGUUUGGUAUAAAGUAAUACAUUGAGUAUUCAGGAAUAGGCAAUAUAUUUGUUUAAUUAGCCAAGGUCCUCCUUCCUUGUCAGUUUUCCUGUUUUCAUUAGAGAAUAAUAAAAGAGGAGAGAAGAAAGGGGGUGAAUUUUUGGCCUUCAUCUGGCACACUACUACAACAGAGUAUUGGCAUAUUUUCUAGGAAAGAAAGCCUGUUUUGCCAUAAAAUUUUACCUCACAAAUAAUAAGUGCUACCUAUUGUACUCAGCUGGACAGCUUUUGAAAUUAUUUGUAUAGAAGAACUAAACUCGGGCAGCCCAGGUGGCUCAGAGGUUUAGUGCCACCUUCGGCCCUGGGCCAGAUCCUGCAGACCCAGGAUCGAGUCCCGCGUCGGGCUCCCUGCAUGGAGCCUGCUUCUCCCUCUGCCUGUGCCUCUGCCCCGUCCUCUCUCCUUCUCUCUCUCUGUCUCUCAUGAAUAAAUUAAAAAAAAAAAAAAUAAAGAACUAAAAAAAUAAAUAAUAAAGAACUAAACUCUAGUCACAGUUCAAUUAAAAACGGUGACUCAUUUGCGUGUCAGUCAGUUGCCUAUACUUCAAACGAUUAGUACCAAUGUCUUCCUCACCCUGAAUAAUCCAGUGCUAGCUUUAUAUAAAAUGCCACGGUUAUAAACCCUAGAAAGUAAACCUAAACACAGACGUUCAGAUGUUGGUUUUUGAAAAGCAUAAGGUUAAAUUCAGAUAAAUCAUACUGUUAAAGGUACUAUGCAUAGAAUGAAAGUGAUAGGUAGCUUUCAGGAGGACUAAAAUUUAAUCUCAAUAAAGCAAUAUUUAGUACUGAAGACAGACACUUUUUAUUUUCAGAAUUCUGCCAAGUAAACUUAAAAUUGCCAACAAAAUAAUCAGUAUUAAAGAAAUGCCAUGCAAGCUUCUGGCUGUAGAAAACAGGAGAACUAUAUUCAUUCAACAGACACUUAAGUGUCCGAUCCCAGUGCUUUGCCAGAUUCCAGAGCUACAGAGAUGAAAGAGAAUGCCUGUCCCGCGGAUGCUUACAGUCUAGGGGGUGGCAUUACAGAAUUCAUUAGUACACCCAUUUUUGGUUUACCUAGAUAAACAUUUUAGUCUGCUGUUGGUGGAAAUUAGAGGCCAGCCUUUGGACAUUUUAAAGAGCAAAGUUUGGUAUACCUUUUUUCAAAGUAAGAAAUUAAUGCUUCUCAAGAUUGUAGUGUUUGUCAGUGCAACUGUUCAUGUGUGCAAAGUAACGGGAUUUUUUUCCUCUUCUUCCCUGGAUGAAGGCACUUAAACUGCCUGUCACUGGUUAGCAGAUACUGAUUUGUUGCCAUUAAGUAAACUUGACUUCUUAUGCGUGCUCUAUAAAGGGUUUUUGUAUUUUUUCUUAAUAUUGUGAUUUUUUAAAUUGACCUAAUAAUGACAAAUUUAAUGUAUGUAAUUGUCUAUGCAUUUUAAGUUAAACUGCCUAAAAUGUGAUUUGAGACAUAGACAUUUGUUUGUAUUAUGAACUGUAAGCAAUCUUUGGAGACGUUAGGUUUUAUCACCUGCUGCUGUAUUUGUAAACAAAGACAUAUGUUGCUUUAAGAAGUAAUUAUAAUUAGGAAUAGUCUAUGGAUGUGAUACUUGAUAUUUUUUAAGAUAAACUUGUUUGCUUUUGUGUAUUA